AACUUAGUGUUUGAACUAAACUCAACGAAACGAUUGAAAAUGGGACGGCUAUCAAGCAAAUUAAAACCAACCAGGCCGCCUUCCACAGCGAGAAAUUCCGAUGGGUUGAAACCUAAACAAUGUAUAAAGGUCGGUCAGCGUUCUGAGGGGCUGAAAGCUAAGCAAAGUACAAAGAUCGAAGUCAAAUACCAGCACAUUGCAGAUGUCGAUGAAAAGAGCGUCAAUUCAAAAGAUGAUCUUUUCAAAUCUCGCCAAAUCGAUGAAAUUCUGGAUGAUAUAGGAUUGAGGCUUCUUCAUUGGAAAGUGUUCGUAUUUCUUUGUCUCCUUGUUAUGACAUCUGCGUUCGCAACAUGCAUAUUAUCCGCUAUACUACCGGCUUUGAAACCAGACUGGAAUAUCUCUGAAGUUAUGGCUGGGAUAUUGACACUGUCAACAUCAACCGGAAAGAUCGUGGGGGCAACAUUUUGGGGUUGGGUGUCGGACAAAAUCGGUAGAAAGCGUUCAUUCAUUGGCAGUACGACAUUCAUGUUUGUUUUUUCAUUGUCCAGCGCGUUUGCAACGAAUUAUUACUGGCUUUGGAUAAGCCUUUUCUUUGCCGGCUUUGGAGCGACCAUAUCAAUUCAAGGUUAUGUUAUGAUAGUGGAAUUAUUCCCGAAAAGAUAUCAAUCUAUGUUUUCUGUAUUAACUAUGGUCUUCUGGACUGCAGGCUUUCUUCUUUCGGCUGUUGUUUCAAUGGAGCUUUCGUUGAUCGGUUAUCAUUGGGCUCUGGCUACCGUGUGUUUUCCGACUGCAAUUGUCCUAUUUUGUAGUAUAUUUUUCAUCCCAGACACUCCAUAUUUUUACCUUGUAACUGGGGACGAGCAGAAAGCUUUGAACAUUCUACAAGAUUUGGCGCCUGAAAUGGAUUUCAGCGACACAGUACUUCGGAAACACAAUCCCGAAACACAGAGGGCAGAUUUCACACAGCUAUUUCGAUCAGGUUAUUGGAAAAUAACAAUUUGCGCUUGUAUCGCGUUUUUCAACAUCUACAUUUCGCAUAAUGAUUUGAUAUACACUGCGUCUGACGUGGCGGGCAGUCAAAAUUAUUUAUCCACGACAGCCACUGGCUUGCAAAACGAAGAAAGUCGUUACCUGUAUUCUAUCAUGGUCUGGAUGAACCUUCCAGAAGCCGUUCUGAUUGUCGUGACUGCUUUGUUUUCUUACGUUUUCACAGUUAAAAGUGUUCUUUUAGCGGCUAUGUUCUUGACACUCGUGUCGCAGAUCAUCGCCUUGUUCGUCGUAAAUCAGAGGCUUACAUUACUCGUCGUCACAAUGAUGUCUCGAAGCCUUCUUUUAUCAGACAUAACACUUUUGAUAGUUUUUAUGUCACUGGUUUACCCGGCAGAGAAUCGUAGCAUUGGUACUGGCACUUGUGUAACUAUUGGCCGAAUUGGGAUAAUUGUAGGACCCUUCAUCUUUGAGACCUGGUUCGCCAAAAAGUAUUUUUAUGGAACAGUUUUUAAUGUCGCAAUAAUAUUUGUAUCUUUCAUUGCGACUAUCUUGCUGCCGACGCAUGCGUAACGCUACCUAUCAGGGGCGAUUGUUCGAAAGGCGUUUAGCUUAAACGGUGGA